GUAUACACAACAAAAAAUUUCCACAAAAAAUUGCCAUAUAUGCAGCCCAAUAUCACUUCAAUCAAAACAUCCUCGGAUGGAGUCUGGCAAGGGGAUAAUCCCCUCAACUACGCCUUUCCCUUGCUCAUAGUUCAGUCCACCUUAGUCCUCUUCACCAGUCGCUCCCUCGCCUUCCUUCUCAAGCCCUUACGCCAACCCAAAGUUGUCGCCGAGAUAGCAGGCGGGAUCUUGCUAGGACCGUCUGCUCUUGGCCGGAACAAAGAGUUCUUACACCUGGUUUUCCCCUAAUGGAGUACCCCAAUUCUUGAAUCCGUCGCCAGUAUUGGUCUUCUCUUCUUUCUCUUCCUCGUUGGACUUGAGCUUGAUUUGAGCUCUAUUCGGCGAAGCAGCAAAAAAGCAUUUGGCAUUGCGGUCGCCGGGAUGUCUGUACCAUUUUUCUUUGGCGCUGGCGUUUCCAUUUUCCUCCGGAAAGCCGUUCACGGAGACCACCAAGUAAAUUACAGCCAAUACCUCAUGUUCAUAGGAGUGGCCUUCUCCAUAACGGCUUUCCCUGUUCUCGCCCGCAUUUUAGCAGAGCUCAAACUGCUAACCACUCAGGUGGGCCAGACUGCCAUGGCGGCGGCUGCAUUAAACGACGUCGUUGCCUGGGUCAUGUUGGCUCUCGCGAUCGCUAUAUCCGGUGACGGGCCGGGUGAGGCCCAUAGGAGCCCGUUGAUAUCCAUAUGGGUUUUAUUAUCCGGUCUUGCCUUUGUUGCUUUCAUGUUCAUCCUGGUCCAGCCCAUCAUGAAUUGGAUGGCCCGCCAGUGCUCGCCCGACUACGACUUUGUCGGCGAAACUUACAUAUGUCUGACUCUGGCCGGAGUUAUGCUCUCCGGGUUCAUAACCGACAUGAUCGGAAUCCAUGCAAUAUUCGGCGCUUUCGUGUUCGGACUUACGAUCCCAAAAGGCAGCGCGUUCGCCGGGAGACUGAUAAAGAGGAUUGAAGAUUUCGUUACUGGAUUGCUUCUUCCUCUUUACUUUGCGUCGAGCGGAUUAAAGACGGAUGUGGCAAAAAUCCGUGGGGCAGAGGCGUGGGGGCUGUUGGCAAAAGGAGACAAAUCUUGCAACCUAAGCUAUGAAAAGAUGAGGGAAGGAGAAAAUAAAAGUCUACAAAUUAGGUUACGAAGCAAAUAAUAAGAGAUUAUGAUUUAUGAGUGACAAUUUCUUCAUCCUUUCCCUGGUUAAUAAGGAAAAAGAAGUUAUACUUCUUUAUGUUACAUGUUCACUCAAUUGGGCUCAUUUAAAUCUUACGCAAUAUUAUCUAUGGUUAUGAUAUAUAUAAUUGAAUUUUGAAACAGUAAAUAAUUAUAACAUUA